CAACAAUACCGAGUGCUGAACAUCGAUUCCGGGUCGAGCAACAUGUCGGAACCGUCAAGGACUGACCGCGCCGGCGCAAACGCUGGCCAAUCAUGCCGCGAAUGUCGCCGUCGCAAAGGACGCUGCGACGGCAGGAUGCCAGUGUGUUCAGUCUGCCAGCGCUACAAUCGGCAUUGUCUGUAUGACAAGCACAGCAGAUCAUCUUUAACGAGGAAGCACCUGACAGAGGUUGAAGAGCGGCUGGAGAAAGCGGAGGCGUUGUUGAAGACGUUUUUUACGGAAGCUGAACUGUCGCAAAUGCUUGUUCACGGCAUCACCAACAAACUUGAUGUCCCAUCCAGGGCUGGAUCUCACCCGGCGACCGAAACUUCUUCUCGGGCAGCCGCAUCAGCCUUUCCGCUUGGAACCUCAACCUCGUUGCCAGCGCAGAGUUCUGCGCAGCGCCACACAGAGCGCGCUCAGUCUUUCUCCACGAUUAGUGCGGAGCCGGAUCAGAAGGUCAACCUGAGCCAUCUGGAGUCUCCUGGAGAUUCAAAGACCGAUGUGGCCGACGACACCCCUUUCCCACUGGAGAAUCCCCCAGCUGCCGACGAUGAUUUUGAAUGGGACGAGCGGGAGUCCUCUUGGAACAUUGCGGAUCCAGGUGCAGGGCAUUCAGCGUUUGGAGGUGAUGUCGAUUCUGAGAUUCCCAAAAUCACGGAUGGAAUGGCCACAUUGACUGCUGAUGACUCGAAUGCUGGCUUUCUGGGGUCCGUUUCAGGCUCUGCUCUUCUCCGGCUUAUAUGGAUGGGCACAGGCACCGACAAUAAGACGGAUCCAAAAACUGCGAGACGCGAAAGUUUAGAGCAACUCUUCAGCCAUCGCUCGAAUGAAUACCCGGCAACGACUACCCCAUGGCUUCGGGCACAGCCUCUGUUCACUCGAGCCGUAGUCGACACCCUCAUCGAUGCCUACUUUGCUCUCUACCACCCGACCUUCCCCAUCCUCCACGAAGCUACCUUCCGAGAACAGUAUGCGAAGCUCAACAGCCGCACUACCGGGAGCACAUGGCACACCCUAGCCAAUCUCGUGGCGGCUCUUGGUUCCUUCGUGUCGAGUACCUGCUCCGACGAUACCCACGUCACUCUUUUCAACGGUGUCAAGGCGAAUUUGUCCAUUAACUCUCUGGAGACUGGAAGUCUCAGUCUCGUCCAGGCGUUUGCGAUGGCUGCAAACUACCUGCAAAAGAGAAACAGACCAAACAGUGGCUACAACUAUGGGGGCAUUGCGCUACGGCUCGCAAUAUCACUGGGCCUCCACAAGGAGUUUCGUGGAUGGCAGACUGCGCCAUUCAAAAAGGAAAUUCGGAGGAGGGUUUGGUGGUCGCUCUGUGUGCUGGAUGUUGGCGCAACCGUAACUUACGGCAGGCCGUUGAACUGGCCUCAAGUAGGAGUUGACAUCCCAUUCCCAGUGAAUGUCCACGAAAAGGACCUUCAGAUGGACUCUCCAUCUUACCCACCCGAGGUCAAUGAGGCCACAAUCUACACAUACGUCCGGACUCAGUCGUCCUAUCAUCUCCACACCAUCAGAAUCUACAACCGUCUCAUCUCCAAUCCUAUCCCCUCUGCCCCAGAACUAAUCUCUCUCGAUGACGAGCUAAUAGAAGGCUGGCUAAACAGCCUUCCACCCUACUUCCGCGACGACAACUUGCCACUUCCUAACCAAUAUCUCCUUGGUCAUGCCAUUAGUCGAUGGCGCUUUCGGAUCAUGCGUAUCAUCAUGUAUCGGCCGUUCUUGAUCCGAUGGGCACAGGACGGCUUGGACAACGAAACAGUGAUUCCUGUAUCACCGUCACAGAAUGCCUCUGCCGAAACUGUUGCGACGCAACGAUGCUUCAAGGCUGCCGAGGAAUGUAUAUCGGCCAUUUUCGAGUUUUGGUCUUCUGGAACUCACACCAGGCUCGCGGCUUGGUACGUCCUAUAUUUCCUUCUACAGGCGGCUUUGAUACCAAUCCACUGUCUGCGGCGCAACCCAAAUCACUUAGAUGCCAGCUCGUGGAGGAAUCAAAUCUUGACGGCUCUGAGCAUAAUAAAUGCAAUGAAUGAUCUGAACCCAAGCGCCCCGAAGUGUCGAGAUAUCAUUUACCGACUCUGUGGUGAGAGCCUUGACUACAAACCUCGGGCGCAAUCACAACAAUCCCGCCCACAGCCACACACGCAGACCCAGCAAGAUACAGCCACCUCGUGGACCGCCUUUCCUAGCACCGAUGCCAGCUUCAGCACCCCACCCUUCCCCUUCUCUAAUCCGGACUCUACUGAUACAAGCAUGAAUCCCUGGAUGACGGAGAUCGACACUGCCAUCGAUGGAUACGAUAUCUACUGCGACCGUCUGAGCCACGCAGCUAUGGCUGGGAUGGGUCGUCUGGGCGGCGCUGGUGAAGCCGGCAUGCAAGGAGGGUUUGCGAAUAGUGAUGGGACACAAAUUGGGACCGGAGUGCAGGACUGGGACUGGGGAUUGAUGCUGUGAUAGGACUUCCGACAUACAGUCAAGUGAUGGAAUCCUUCUGGAUCUACGACGGCUUGGUCACCGACACUGGAGUUCGACAACUUUAUCUUGAUACCGAAAUUGCGAACCUCAUCGGGCCCCCUCGUGUCCGUUGCCUCAAUGAUCCUUCUAGAUCAGAAAGUACCCGCCCUCAGAAUGCACCACCGUCCCGGUCUGAAACCCGUUCUUCAUCAGACUCAAAUAACACUCGACCACAUCCUCAACAGUGCCAAUCUUUCCUAGCAAAUUUGUCUUCUUGUACAUCUCUGCGAUACUCUCCCUCGUCAUCCCCUGCGGGACCGCGGAGUACAACAAUUCGGUCUCGAUCGCGCCGGGACUCACGAGAUUGACGCGGACGGGCGCCAUGUCCAAAGCCAGCCCGCGCGACAGGGCUUCUUUACCCCCACUGGCGCCGAUGAAUGGGCCGAAUCCGGGGCGCGGCUUAUAUAUGAGGGCACCGCUGGUCAUGGUGAAGGAGCUCGUGGGUGCCUUGUUCAGAUACCUGUUUGCGACCUUGGCGAGCAUGAUGACGCCGACCACCCGCACAGAGCUCGCCUGGGCCAUCAGCUCAGGCGUGAUGUUGUCGAGGCCCAACUUCCCCGCCAGCUCGAGGUCCCCAGCGGUUUCGACGACGUGAUCGACCUUCCUGGCGCCGUUGUCCGUGGCGAAGUCAAAGAGGGUGACGAGUUGUUUCUCGACGUCCGUCUCGGCCGUGUUCAGGUUUGCGGGGUGACCGCGGAUGUUCGCCGCGUGCUCCGGGUACGAGGCCUUGAGGCUCUCCACUGCGGCGGCGACCUUGUCUGCGGAGCGCGACGCGAUGACGACCUUGGCCCCGAACUCCAGACAGGCUUCGGCGAUCCCGUAGCCGAUCCCCGAUGAGCCGCCAACGACGACGACGGAUUUGUCGUGCAACUUCGAGAGGUAUUUGGCAGGCAUUGGUGCUGGAGGAUUCUAAGCAAGGAGAUGCAAG